GUAAAGGUUAUGAAAGGUCGAUCGGGCGAUACCUAGGGCGAUUGGUGACAGUUAUAAUGAUCGACCACAGGGUCUUGUGAGCCAUCGGGUGGUUUGGCCAGCGCAUCCUCUUAUCGUGCAUUGAAGUUUCUUCCUUAAUUAUUCUAUCAAACAGAAUAUAUGAUUCAGGAAACUGAACCCCAGAAUUCGCUCCUCAGCAAUGUUGAUUCUGUAAAAUCUAGUGCAAUGCAAAAGAAGAUACGACAGAAAUACUUUAAGAAUGAUGCUGUAGUCAAAGCCUAUAAAUGUGAUUUAAUUAGCCAAAAUAUAAAUACUCCUGUUAAAUUAUAUGUUUGUCAUUCAGCCUUAAAUCUUGUCCAUCGUCCGAAGCGAAAAAUACUGACAACACUUCUUUACAGUCAAAUCGUCGAACUUAAAGUCCGUGAUGAGAACUGUGUGAAUAUCUACACCACCAGUAACGAGACAUACACUUUGGCACAUUUUGAACGUCCGGAAUCAGCUAUAGCUUUUCUACGCAACUACUGGGAGGUUAUUUUGAAAGAAAAGAGUUUUUCUUCACCAUAUGGAAAUUCACCAGCUAACAGAUUACUUCUGAAUAAUAAUAAUAAUAGCAAUAAUUCUGUAACUCAUCCAAAUGCAAUUAUAAGUGAUCUGUACAAUCGUUUACUCAUAUCAAAAGGUUCAACCACUGUUAGUUUAACAAGUACCAGUGGUGGUGCCACAGGAAGUAUUAGUAAUAGUGAAACAGAGAGUGUUGUUGGUGUAAAAAAACAAGAAUUGUCUAUUCGUAAAUCCUCCAAUCUUGGUAUUCGUAAAUCAUCUUUCAUUGAAUUCAAUCCUUUAACUAAUGAAGUGACAAAUAAUAACACUGUUGAUAUUGGAUCUAAUGAUGUCAUUCAGCCUAUUCACAAACCAAUUGUAAAUAAUGCAUAUUCUGCUCCAACUCUUUCAAAUAUCCUUAUGAAACACAAUAAUAAUAAUAAUAAUAAUAAUAAUAAUCAUUCAGUUAAUCAGCAUAAUAAAACUUAUAACAAUGAAACAGUCAAUAAUAAUAAUAACAAUAUUAAUAAUAGUAAUACGAAGCCUAAUUUCACUAGAUCAAAUGUUACCAUUUCAACUGAUUGGAAUUGGUGGCCAUUUAAUGUGAUUACCUAUAUGUUCAAUACAUCUCCUUCACAAAGAUUUACUAUGAUGAUAGCAUAUGCAAUUUUGGGUUUUUUAUUCUUGUCAACAAUACAUCUUUAUCAUCGUUUAGCAUUAAUUGAUUUACAAACUGGUCCAGUUCUACGUCGUGUUAGCAUUAGUCAUCCAUCGACUACAUCAACAUUUGUCACUUCGGAAUUGCAUAAUUUAGAAGCAAAAUUAUCUCAUUUAACUCAACUCACUACGAAAAUGGUUGAAGCACUUGGUCAUUUAACAACAGAAUUACAUAGUUUCUUAUUAUAUUCUAAUUCAGAUCAAUCAACUUUGAAAACAUGAUAAUAAUAAUAAUAAUAAUAAUAAUAAUAAUAAUACU